AUGUCUUCUCAACUCGUACCGGUAGCUGAUCCCAGCGUACCUGCAACAUCAGAAGCUGUAGAGAAGGCAAAUGUCUCUCUGGAGGACCGAACAUUGCUACUUCUUGCUCAGCUGAUGGAAGGCGGGCAGGAGGAUGAAGAUACUUGCAGAGAGCUGAACUCCCUCACCAAGCUACUCACAGAUGAGUCGUCGAAAGAGACCAGGUCUCCAGGACCACAUAAGCCUCUCUACGAUCUUCUCGAUACAGAUUGUGUAGAAACUCUUUUGGGCUAUCUGGAUAUGAGACAGCCGCCAACAGUACGGGGCCACGCAACUUUGACAACAUCGGCAUAUCUCAAAGCUGCCGGAGACAAGGGUGUCGAGGCACUUUCAAGUUUCUUCCAUACAACCGUUGGCAAAGGCACCUACGAUGACUUUAUCACUGCGUUUUCUGUUGCAGCUUCACUCUUCCCUAUCGUUCCCGAUGUCAUAGCUGACCUCUUCCUGAGUGAGGGCUUCGUCGUUAGUCUCGGACCUUUGAUGAGACGGAAGUGGAAGAGCAGAAAGGUCGAGCAAGCUGCUUUGGAAAUGCUGAAUGCAGCCUGUAUGAACACACCUUGUCGAGAGGCUGUCAAAAAGUAUUGCACAGAGUGGCUGGACGAGAUUGUCACCGAUGUUCCUUCCGCUGUUGUGGAUGUUUCAUCUUCAGAUAAACAUCAAGUUGUAGAAGAUGGAGCGAUGCAACAACGUAUUCAUUCCGAGGCGGUGAGAAAUCUAGCUGCUGUUGUUCUGGCCAAGCUUCAGGAUUGA